UAAUGUUUUACUUCACUUCAAAUUUAAUUUCGUUUUGGUUAAUUAAAACAAUUUCUUGCAAAAAAACAGUUCAUCAGAAUGAAGAUUACGGGUCUGUUUUUCAUCAGUUUUCUAGUGUUUUUUGUUUCCAUUAAUGGCUUGGCUAAUGCUGGUAAACUUUUCAAAGUUGGCGAUGAAUUUGGGUGGCAGGAACCUGGUGGUAACACUAACACCACCAAUGCUGUUUAUACCAAAUGGGCUGAAAAUAAUCGGUUCCGAGUCGGAGAUUCUCUCUUAUUUGUGUACAAGAAUGACUCAGUAGUACAAGUGGAGAAAUUUGGAUAUUUCCAUUGUAGCAGCACCAAGCCAAUUGUUGCAUUCAACAAUGGAAGAAGCAUUUUCAACUUUGACAAAUCGGGUCCAUUUUACUUCAUAAGCGGAGCUCCGAAUCACUGCAAAAGAGGCCAGCGUUUGAUUGCUGAAGUAAUGGGCGAGCAUCAUCCAAGAUCUCCACCGUCCAUUGCGAAUCCACCUGAUCAGUCUAAUAAUUACAAUGCACCGUCGCCACAGCCAAGUUCAGGAACUCUGAUCUCUGCCAGGAUUGGUUCUGUUUCAGUAUUUGUUGCUGCUACAAUAUUAGUUAAUUUAGUAUGGUCAUUUUAAACAUUUUAAUUAGUUAUGUUAAUUUGUUUUUACCAGUUCUUAAUUUUAGUUGUUUUGGGAUUAUAUGUAUUUGAACAAUUUGUAUUUGAAUUGUUGGUUUAUUAAUUGAACACUAAUUGGUUUCA